ACAGCUUGUGCAGUGUAGAUCGGAUACAGAGAGUUUAUCAAGCAUCAACAUGUGUGGAGAAAUGGGUAAAGCGGUGCUGCGGGCUCUAACAGGGGCACUGCUCUGUGGUUUAGUAUCUGAUGCAGCAUACUUACAACGGUAUGAACCCUAUCCAUUCCAAUAUGAACAAGCAGUCUACAAGAAGCCACUGAGGGAACAUGAGAAGCCACAAGAUCUCCGCAACGUACCUGGCACGCCUGGAGUCGACUUCCCCAUCUAUCACUCCGUGCCAGAGACAGGAUUCUCGUGCUCUCACGUGCCAGUUCAUCCUGGCAUGUAUGCGAACGUUGAAACUGGAUGCCAAGCAUACCACGUGUGUCAUGAUGGUCGUGAGGGACAUCAGGGCUCUUCCUUCCUCUGCACUAACGGUACCCUCUUCGAUCAGACCAAGUUCACAUGUGAUUGGUGGUACAACGUGGACUGUUCAAAGGCUAUUGAACACUACAAAUUGAACGCAGAUCCCUUGAAGAACCCCUACGUGCCAAAGCCGAAACCUGAGGAGCUUCAAGAGGCGCCGCACGGCAUUUACUAUAGAAAGAUACACGAUUAGGUAAUCAUAGUGUCGUCACCAAGUUACAUUAGGUUUUAGUUAUAUAUUAUUAGAAUUCUACUAAUAAUGAGACUAA